UUUGUUUUUCUUGAUUUCCUUUUCCUUUUCUUUUCUGAUAUAUGCUCUCUGGCCAUUUUUACUCUCUUCGUUCUCACACGCCAACUUCAACACUACCCAUUUUGUUUCCUUUCUGUUCUUUUCCUCUCAGAUACCCCAUCCCUUUCUCUCUCAAAACCAGCAUAGAUUAGUACACUAAAGUUUCUUAAAAAGCCCCCUGCUUUUAUAUCCUUGCCUACCAUCGAGUCCCUUCUCCCUCCUUCACUUCUCUCCUUUCUCUCUCUCUCGCUCUCUCUCUCUCUCUCGCCGGGAAAUCAAUUUCGGGCAUUCAUUUGCGGCUGUGUUCUUCACUUUUUUUUUUCUCUUAGUUUUACUACCUUGACUGAGUAGGGUAAUGGGCUGAAUUCUUUUGAGUUAUUUUGUCUCUUCUGUUUAUAGUCAUUUUCCAACCCCACUGUUUUUCACUUUUGCUCAGUUCAAUAACCAAAGAAAACACAGACAUCUGUGAGAAAAAUCAUACAAAGUUCAUUCCUUUUCCGUUCUUGUGUAAAAUAGUACCUGGGCUUUACUUGUUAGCCCCAUUUUUCGUCUGGGUUUCCCUUGUAAUACACAAUGAUCACUGCCACAGACCUCUAUCAUGUCCUUACCGCCGUGGUGCCACUUUAUGUGGCCAUGAUCUUAGCCUAUGGCUCUGUGAAAUGGUGGAAAAUCUUCAGCCCUGACCAGUGCUCUGGCAUCAAUCGGUUUGUUGCUUUAUUUGCAGUGCCCCUCCUUUCUUUCCAUUUCAUAUCCACCAACAAUCCAUAUGCUAUGAACUUGAGGUUCAUAGCAGCAGAUACUCUUCAAAAGAUCAUAGUCUUGGUAGCGUUAGCCAUCUGGUCAAGAACCAGCUCAAGAGGUUCCCUGGAAUGGUCCAUCACCUUAUUUUCGCUCUCAACUCUUCCAAACACUCUUGUCAUGGGCAUCCCUUUGUUGAAGGGAAUGUAUGGAGAACAUUCAGGGAGCUUAAUGGUCCAAAUAGUCGUGCUUCAAUGCAUAAUUUGGUACACAUUGAUGCUCUUCCUUUUUGAAUACAGAGGAGCUAGACUUCUGAUAGCAGAGCAAUUCCCAGAUACUGCUGGCUCUAUCAUUUCUUUCAAAGUUGAUUCUGAUAUCAUUUCGCUCGAUGGAAAAGAGCCAUUGCAAACUGAAGCCGAGGUCGGGGAAGACGGGAAACUCCACGUCACUGUCAGAAAAUCUACUAGUUCUCGAUCGGAAAUUUUUUCUCGUCGGUCACACGGUCCAAACUCAGGCGUUUCUUUAACCCCAAGACCAUCAAAUUUGACAAAUGCAGAAAUUUACUCCCUCCAAUCAUCCAGGAAUCCAACGCCAAGAGGAUCCAGCUUCAACCACACUGAUUUCUACUCAAUGGUGAAUGGAAGAAGCAUAAGCAAUGUCAGUCCUAGACAAUCCAACUUUGGAAACUUGGGUUUUGAUGAAGAGAAUGGACUUGGGGUAUAUGGUAAUGCAGGUAGAGCACAUGGCAGUUCUUACCCUGUACCCACUAGCGCUGGAAUCUUCUCGCCAGUGACUGGACCAGGUGCCAAGAAAAAGGCAAAUGGAACUGAUGGUGGCAAGGAUUUGCAUAUGUUUGUUUGGAGUUCAAGCGCUUCUCCUGUAUCAGAGGGUGGGAUUCAUGUUUUCAGGGGAGGAGAGUAUGGCAAUGAUCUUGGUGGGGUAGCUCACCAAAAAGAUUAUGAUGAGUAUGGUAGAGACGAAUUUAGCUUUGGUAAUAAGCGAGUAACAAAUGGGGUUGACCGUGAAGGACCAGUGCUUUCCAAGCUUGGUUCAAGUUCCACAACUGAACUCCACCCCAAGGUUGGUGCUCAUGCUGAAAUUAAGCCAACUGCUAUGCCUCCUGCAAGUGUUAUGACUAGACUCAUCCUGAUCAUGGUGUGGCGAAAACUAAUUAGGAACCCCAACACUUAUUCCAGUUUGAUUGGCCUCACCUGGUCUCUUGUUUCAUUCAGGUGGGGUAUUCACAUGCCUGCUAUAAUUGCUGGUUCAAUAUCUAUACUUUCUAAUGCAGGUCUUGGAAUGGCCAUGUUUAGUCUUGGUUUGUUCAUGGCACUUCAGCCAAGGAUUAUUGCAUGUGGAAACACAAUUGCGGCAUUUGCCAUGGCAGUUCGGUUCCUAACGGGUCCUGCGGUCAUGGCUGCUGCCUCAAUUGCAGUGGGCUUGAGAGGUGUUCUACUGCGCAUUGCUAUUGUGCAGGCAGCUCUUCCACAAGGGAUUGUCCCUUUCGUCUUUGCAAAGGAAUACAAUGUUCAUCCUGACAUAUUGAGCACAGGGGUCAUAUUUGGAAUGUUGAUUGCCCUUCCUAUAACACUUGUUUACUACAUCUUGCUGGGACUUUGAAGAGGAAAACUGUGUCUGUAAGGGAGCCUGAGAAAGGAAAGAAGAUUUGGAUACAAUUUAGUUACAACCAUUUUGAUUGGGAAGUUUUUGGAUUUCUCUAACAGGGGCAAAUAUAAUUUUCUAAACUGAGUAGUGAUUUUAGACAAGACUAAAGAGAUAAGGGGAAACAUUUAUAGUCGAAGAAACUUUUUGUUGUCUUUAUGCAUUUUUUUUUUUACUCUGUGCCUCGUGCCUCAGGGUUUUGUUCUUUUGAUGAAGAAAAUGAGGCAAUGUUUGUAGUUCAGUCCAGCUAUAUCUGUUUUUUUUUAGUAUCUGUUUUUAAAACAAUAGCAGACCAAAGCUAGUUGUAAUAAAAGCCUAUGGCCUAAAAGGGCAGAGCUGUCACUGCAGACUGCGUUCUUGUCUAUCAAUUUGAAAACAUCCUAUGGUUGGCCUUGAAAAGAACGCAGGUUAGAGG